UGAUUCCUCACCAUCUCCAUUGGGGAGUGGUGUCGCUCCAGCUCCCAUUCACAUUUCCAAUGGGAGCCUCCUGCCGCUCUCCUGCGUCGCCGCACUCCGGAUCACAUCUGUGAGGGAACGACGAGAGAGGGAGUCACGCAGCGGACGGAGACGGAGACGGAGACGGAGACGGAGACGGAGAGAGUCUGGAAGGUGCAGGGGGGGAAAAAAAGAAAAAGAAAAGGGAUCACAGUUCUUAGUAGGGAGCAGAAAAAUGGGACCGGCCGCCGCCUCGCUCGCCCUCCUGUGUUUGUGUUCCCUGGGCGUGUGUGUUCCCACGGGGACGCCGGACGCCGCACCAACUCAGGCUUCUCUGCCAGAGGCGAAGAAGGCCAGAGGCGAUGUGCCUGACAUCAUCCCAGAGCCGGAACCCGAGCCGACCAGCCCGGUGUCUGACUUUGAAAACUCCUACAACUACGUCCUGUCCCGACUGGCCGGCAUGGACCAGGCGAUCCACAAGCUGAACGUCGGCCACUACACGCUGGAUGUGAAAGUCAGUCAGCUGAUGGACCGUCUGUCCCGGAUGGACGCUAAGGUCGGCGAGCUGGAGGACAGCAUCCGCGAAGUCUACCAGCACAGCAGGGACAACCGCAAGGAGACGGGGAGACUGGAAGGUUGCCAGAAGGGACGCAGGAUGGGCUACAAGUGCUACCUGGUGUACAACAGCCACGCGGAUUACGCCGCCGCCUCCAGGAAGUGCGUGGAGCGCGGCGGCCGCAUGGCGAUGCCGCGCGACCGCAAGGAGCAGGAGGCCCUGGCCGACUACGUCAAGUCCUUCUUCCACCCGGGCAACUGGCCCGUGUGGCUGGGCGUCAACGACCUGCGCUCGGAGGGCACGUACCUGUUCGACGACGGCACGCGGGUCUCCUACUUCCAGUGGCGCAAGCACUUCCUGUCCAGCCAGCCGGACGGCGGGCGGCGGGAGAACUGCGUGGCGAUGUCGUCGGACGACGGCGACUGGUGGGACCACUACUGCGACCGCAGCAUGAACUACGUCUGCGAGUUCGACGACAGGGUGGCGCUGUAGGAGGAGACGCCGCCGCCGCUCUCCCGCCAUCGCUCGCCGCUCGUUUGAACUUUGACCUUCACCUCUCCCUCAUUGUGGGCGGCGGCCCAGUUUACGCGCAGAUAACUUAUUUCCCCUUUGAGAGACUUUGACAGGAUUUGGCUGCUUUCAAAGCGGAGGAAGCCGUCGAUUCUCCGUUGGACACGCACGUGUUUUUGAUAUAAACAGCCGGUAUCAUUUCAUUGCGACGUACAACUUGUGCCUUUGAAAUGUUGCACAGUCAGUCGGGGGUCAGUAAGUGAAACACAAGGUCUCACAUGGGCACAGAUGUACGCAUGUCGCUAUUUGACUCCUGAAAGUGCCGAACGAGACCUUGUCAGAUUAUGUUACGAAUAUUAAUAUUGUAUUUUUUUUUCCCGUGCGGCUGCAGUGAUGUGAGUGUAAGUUAGAAGAGAAAACACGAGGAGCCGGAGGCACCUUUCUUCAGAAUCAGCACAAACUGAAAUACCAUGGAAGAUAUUUUAUCGGCGUGUAUUUGAUUUAAGCGGGAUCAGGCGCUGCUGCUCCAGUUACUUUACUUAGUGUUCUAACAAAGUCUGGUUCCUGCGCCGUGAAACUGCCGACGCUCUCAACAUCUUUUGGCAAAAAUAAACGUUAACAGUUUCUGUUUUUUUCGGAGCUGUAGUCUCAGUCCUGACGCCCCCCAGAAGAAAUGACACACGACUGUUCUGUCCGUCCUACAGCAGAAACAGUGGGAAAGUUAUAAUGUACAUAAAAGUCUGAAUGUAAAUGUUUUUUAUAAUAAAUCUCUGCUAAACAUUGA